CAUAAAUACACUGAUAAUGACACGACACCAACAAAAAUAUUUCUCCAUAUAUUCGAAAACCUCCCAAAUUCUUGCGCAUUAAUCAUACGUUUCAGUCAUGCUCUCUACCAUUCGAUCUCUCCGGCUCCACAGCCGUCUCCUGUCCCUCCACGGCGGCAUCAAACGCCUUCCAAUGGAGGCCGCCGAAGCUCUCUUAUCGCUUUACUAUUCCUACUGUAGUCUCUCCCCAUGCACCGUCGACCUCGACGAUUGUCAAACCUCAAUGCACAUAUGGGCGGCGAACCACCGCCGCUGCAACAAGCCAAACCUUGUUCUCGUCCAUGGCUACGGCGGUAACUCCAAGUGGCAAUUCAUAUUGCAGGUAGCUCAAUUGACUCGUGAUUUCAAUGUUUACAUACCAGAUCUAGUGUUUUUCGGCAAAUCGUACUCGACGAGGACGGAGCGUACGGAGGAGUUUCAGGCGAAGUGCGUGUGCGAUGGAAUGAAGAAAUUGGGAGUUGAUAGAUUCUCGGUGUAUGGAAUUAGUUACGGAGGAUUUGUGGUGUAUCGGAUGGCGGAGAUGGAGGAGAAGAUGGUGGAGAAGGUGGUGAUUGUGAGCAGUGGAAUUGUGUAUACGGAGGAGCAGAAAUCGGAGUAUCUGGAGAAGAUUGGGCGGAAUGUGGUGGAGAUUUUGGUACCGGAGAAACCAGAAGAAAUACGAACGCUGUGCAGAUUGUCUAUGUAUAAAUCCGAUAUUGGAAAGUGGUUUCCUGAUUUCUUCCUUCGUGGAUUCAUUGCUGCAGAUAGAUGGAGGAAGGAAAGACAAGAACUGAUUGAGAAUUUGCUUUCGAAAAAACCUGAUCCUCAUCUUCCUGUUCUUACCCAGGAAACACUUAUAAUAUGGGGAGAGAAAGACAAUAUCUUCCCGAUUCAGUUGGGACAUCAACUACAUAGGCACUUGGGUCCGAAAUCAACGCUAAAGAUAAUUAAGGACGUAGGGCACGCUGCAAAUGUCGAAGCUCCAUAUUCACUCAACGAAUUGAUUACGUCGUUUGUAUUAAGUGGUCGUUCCUAGUUAUAAUUAAUUAAUUUAUUUUCUUAGAUUUACAUAUAAUUAUUUUGUUGUUUAUAAAUUGUUGUUCAUAUCAUAUUGUGAAUUUGUAAUGUUGUAAAGUCGACGUACUCGGUACUCAUCAUACCAACAAACUCCAUUACUUGGCAAAACUAUGCCGAAAUAUAUAAAAAGAAGAAUAAAUUAUAUAUUUGGUACUUGUGGUUUGCUUUUUAAUGUGUUUUUUUGGUUCAAUUUUUUGGAAAAUUCAUGUGGUUGGUUUAUGUGAUUUCCAAAUCUUGCAUCAGAGUUUCAUGAAGCAAUUAUUGUUUAUAAUGCUCCGUUAAAAUACUAUAGAAUGACCAUUAUGCAUAUUCUUUUGCUUUUUUAUGUUGUUUUCGAAAACAUUUUAGUUUCAAUGACCAUUCUUUUAAAAAAAAAUGAAAAAUGAAUGAAAGCCUAAAAGAGUCAUUAACAUCUCGUCAUGGUAAACUAAGGUGACAUGUUAAAGAAAAAAGGCGAUCGGACAGAAGUUCGAAGUCGGAAGCCCAUCCCCCCUAAACCUAACUUCAAGGGCACAAGCGGAGUUACUCCUUUCUACAUUUUAAACCUUUCGGGCAGUGUUAGAAGAUUAGAAAUCUGGAAGUCGUGUGCUAAGAUUAGGAGACUUGUAGACGUCUACGAUCGCCAACAUAAGAGACGCCUAUUGGGUUUCUAAAGCAUACACUAUUAUCUAAGGUGGUGAAAGCAAUCAUAAGAUUACAUGUGGGUACAUUGAAGGGUCUAAUUAAUGAUUUGGUCCAGACAUUCGUUGUAAUAGGUUCUUUUUGGUAUAAAUGCAAUUUUGGUAGCCUUUUUUGUAGUUUAUGGCCAGUGCAUGUGUUUACAACCGUAAGCUGUUUACGGCCGUAAACCCAAGUCGGCCCAGGUCACUAUAUAUAGAGGUCUUGUAGGUCAUUUAAUGGUUAUUGAUGCCAUAGAGUUCACGGUUGUUGUAAACGAGUUGUAUCAGACGUUUUUCGUUAAUAAAAGCGUGUG